AUGGGGGCAUCGCUGACCAAGCAAGAGGGAAGCCUUUGCGACGCUGCGAGAGAUGGCAAGUUGGAUGUUAUCCGAUCCUGUCUCGACGACGGCGCCGACGUCAACUGCACGAGCAACACGCGUUGGACGCCAUUGCACGUUGCUGCUUCUCAAGGCCAAUAUGGCGCCGUCGGCCUGUUGCUCACGAGGGGCGCUGCCAUCGCCGCCAAAAACGACGAUGGUGAAACACCAUUGCACGUUGCUGCUCUGCAUGGUCACUUGGCCGUCGUACGCCUGUUGCUCGAAAAGGGCGCUGCCAUCGCCGCCAAAACCAAGCGUGGUGACACGCCAUUGCACGUUGCUCCUUCUACAGGCCAAUAUGACGCCGCCGACCUGUUGCUCGAGAAGGGCGCUGCCAUCGCCGCCAAAAACGACCGUGGUGACACACCAUUGCACGUUGCUGCUCGGUAUGGUUCCUUGGAUGUCGUACGCCUUUUGCUCGAAAAGGGCGCGGACGUCACAGCAAAAAAUGGGAAUGACGAGACGCCACUCGCGCUUGCAAAAAGUGAGCUUCAUUUCCACGUCGCCUUGCUUCUCUCCUCCAAGGAAAACAACAAUGAGCCCUUGGCAGCGCUGCUACUUGUGGCCUCCAUGUCGAUGUAUGCAUGUUUCACGUAUGUGUUGUACGCUGCAGCUUUGCUACUCUUUGCGAUCGCGCUUUGGGUCGUGUACAAACUCUUCCUCGUGAUGCUUUGGGUCGUGUACCAGCUCUUCCUCGUGAUGCUUGGUGUCGGGUACCAGCUCUACAUGGGGACUUCGUACCUGCUGGGAGCACUGUUGUACAAUUUAUACCUACUUCUUCUCUGGACCCGAGCCGACCCUUUGUCGCCGCAAAGACUUUUCUUGGCUGCAAGAGACGGUGACGCGGAUGCCGUGCGAUUCCGUCUGUACGAAGGCCACAGCGUCAACGCCAAGGGCGAGCAUGAUGGAACGCCACUGCACGUUGCUGCUGAGAAUGGUCACGUGGAGACUGCCCGCCUUUUGCUCGACAAGGGCGCUGUCAUUGACGCCAAGGACAAGGACGGCGAGACUGCACUACACGUCGCUGCGGCUCACGGCCGUGAAGACGCGGUCCAGUACCUUUUGGCCGCCAAAGCCAAUGUCCUGGCCACGACACAGGAGGGCAAGACAGCACUUCAAUUGGCCGUCGAUCGAGGCCAUGUCGAGGUCGCUGCGGUGCUGCUCGAAGCAGCAACACUGACGGCGGACACGUUGCUGCAGCUGGCCGCGUGCUUCGGCAACUCGGGCCAUGUCGACACGCUGCUGGGAGCUUUCUUACCAAGACAAUCGCCCGAGACGCUCGCGAUGGCGCUUUUGCAGGCCAAGAUAAACGGCCGUGACGACGUGCUCCGGAUGCUGCGGCCGCACGUCGCGGCCAGCAGCCUCCAGCUCAAGUUUACGAAGGAGGACGUGGCGACGAUGGCGUACUUGACGGCGCUGACACAUGAUGCCACCAACCUCCAAAACGAGCUCACCAUUCGGGCUGUGCCUUCCAGCGCAAUCUACUCGGUUGACGGGACAACGGUGUUUACGGUGGUAGUCAUCCUCGUGACGCUCUUGGUUGCAGCAGUGCGCAGCCGCAGACGUACCAUCGGCGCCCAUCACCAGAUCGCGCCAGCAACGACCGAGGGGCCCGACGCAAGAAACCGUGCCAAGAAGCUCUCUGACGCAAUCCAACAAAACAAUUGGGAGAUGACCAAAACGCUGCUGCUCUCCGACGAUGAUGUGGCUGUCCCCACCAACAACGACACCGUGGCGAUGCUGUUGGACCACGCGAUCGAAGCAUGUGACGCCGACUUGCUGCAGAGCGUGGUCACGCACCUCGGCGCCGUCAGAGGAUCCCUCGCCAGCGACGUGUGUCACAGAAUGCUUUUGGCUGCAGUGACAAGCAACCAGCCACGACUGGUCAAGGUGCUCGUGCAGGACCGCAGAGUGUUUGCGGCCGUCUCCGUCGUCUCGAGCACGGGCACCUCGCCGUUGCACGAGGCGGCUACGCGAGGCGACGCAAGCAUUGUUACUCUCCUACUCGCAAGUCCAACCGCGGACGUCAAUGCAACCAACGCGGAGGCAUCCACACCGCUAAUGCUCGCUGUGGCACAAGGCCACUGCGACGUCAUUCGAACGCUCGUCGCCUUUGGCGCCACAAGAGAUACGUCGCUGCUGGAUAUGGCCAUCAACAACGUCGACACCAGCGUCCUUGCCGCCCUCCUCGCUGCGCCAAACAUGGAUCUCGAGCAGCUGGAUGGGGACGGCACGUCGAUCCUGGCUCGAGCUGUUGCCCGUGGUGCUACGUCUGCGGUCGAGUGCCUCCUCGACGCUGGGGCGAACGCGGCCGUUCAGGGACUUGGCGGUGUGUCACUUUUGGCGCUGGCCAACCAGCGUGGUCUUCGACGCAUCGCGCGUCUCCUCUACAAGGCGCUUUACGGCGAGCCCCACGAGGCCACCGAUGCUGACAUUGAUCGAAGUGAGGAACAGAGUCUAGGCCAUGGAACUGGCGGGAAAGUCGUCAGGGCUUCGUACCGCAAACUCGCCGUCGCGGUCAAAAGUCCACAUUACCGGAACCAAUUCAAACAAUUUCGGGAUGAGAUUAACGUGAUGCGGCGGUUUAAGUCGCCGUACGUGCUGCCGCUCCUCGCUGCGGUCGACGUUACUCCGCACAAGCCACAAAUGAUCCUCGAGCUCAUGACCGACGGCGACCUUAUGAAGUACCUCGACGACCGACAAGCUAAUGUGCGCCAAGAUGGGACCGUCAUGGCUCUAAACGUGGCGUGGGUGCUGGUGAAUGCCCUGUGGGACUUCCACCGCCAAGGUCUCAUGCACCGCGACGUCAAGAGCCUCAACAUUUUCCUUUGCGGUCGGAACGGCAUCAAGCUCGGCGACCUCGGCACAGUGCGUGAGCUCAACGACAACUUGACGACCAACGUGGGUACGCUAAAGUGGCGCGCGCCCGAGGUCAGCGUCACCGGUGGCAUCUACGACUGUGCCGCCGACAUGUUCUCGUUUGGCGUCGUCCUCGACGAGCUUCGUGUGUUGGUCUCGGACGCGAACGACGCGCCGUGGCUGGCGCCACUCGCAGCCGCGUGCAAGCAAAAACUGGCGACAAGCCGACCGACGGCGAUUGCAAUCGUCGAGCGUUUGGGCUACGAAGUCCGCAACGUCCCAGCCCCAAGUGGUCUCGCAGCGCAGCUCUUGCGCCAGAAUGUGCCGCGACACGGUGUGCCGAUCCUGUGA